CCCCGCGGCAACGCCUGAAAUACCCCCGCCCACCCCAGCGCGCGCGCGCCACCACCCCGGCCCGAUCCCCUCCAAAAAAGCUCGCCACCUUCGCCGUGCCGUGCACCGCCGCGCGCGCGUGCGCUUCCCGUCGCUUGACUCCUCGUCUGCCUCCAAUCGAGUGGAAACUUCCGGUGGUAGGUCACCCCGGCUUUACCCCAGCCCCGCCCCCAAAACCGUUCUCCUCUUCCUCCUCGUGGAAGCCGACUCUCUUUUCGUGGGGAGCGAAGGGGGGCGGGCGAUGAGGCCGGGGGUGCCAACGCGGAGCUCACCCACCCAGUCCACCGCAAGCAUGUGGCCGGGCAGGUGAACUCCACUCCCCCACUCCCCACACGCCGCGUGGUUAAAUUGCUCGUCUCCGCCGCCGCCUCCUCUUCCAGCACAGCAGCAGCAGCAGCAGGAUCGGAGGGCGAGCCGCGGCGGCAUGGGUCCCAACCUCAAGUACCGGGCUGGGCUGGUCCUCAUCGUCGCCGUCGUGCUCAUAUGGGUCACCUCCGCCGAGGUCACGCAGGGGAUAUUCGCUAACUACAAGCAACCAUUCGCAAUUACUUACUUGGGGGCCUCCCUUAUGGUCAUCUACAUCCCGUUGGCAUUUCUCAAGGAUUUUAUAUACAGAUUGUUGAGAAGGAAUUCUGGAAGCAGCAAAGCCUCAAAAAUCGCGAGCAAAUCUUCCUUUGGCGGUAGUGCUCCUCUGAAGAAUGGUGAAUUUCAGAAGAUGCUGGAAAUGGAACCACAGAAAACCGUGGUGAUAAAGAUUACUGAUGUGGACCUUCCUGUACUAGAAGAGACGAAACCGCUCAUCUGUGGAAUUGGUGAAUGUGAGGGUGAUGUUUUGAAGGAGCAACAGCUUUCCACCAAGGAGAUUGCAAUUUAUGGGUUGUACCUUUGUCCCAUAUGGUUUGUCACAGAGUAUUUGUCAAAUGCUGCACUUGCAAGAACUAGUGUGGCAAGCACUACUGUACUAUCUUCAACUUCGGGACUCUUCACCCUUUUCAUUGGUGUGCUACUUGGCCAAGAUUCCAUAAAUGCUGCCAAAGUUAUUGCUGUUUUUGUUAGCAUGGCUGGUGUGGCAAUGACAACUAUGGGCCAGACUUGGGCAACAGAUGAAUCAGAAGUAAGCAAUUCAGGGGCCACACAGAGGACUCUUCUAGGUGACAUGUUUGGUCUUAUGUCAGCUAUGUCAUAUGGUCUUUUCACUGUGCUUCUCAAAAAGUUUGCUGGAGGAGAAGGAUCAGAAAAGGUUGAUGUCCAAAAACUGUUUGGUUUUCUCGGACUUUUCAGUCUUUGUCUUCUCUGGUGGCUUGUCUGGCCAUUAACUGCACUUGGCAUUGAGCCAAAGUUUACAAUGCCCCACUCAGCUAAAGUGGAUGAAGUGGUGCUGGCAAAUGGCCUUAUUGGGAGCGUGCUAUCAGACUACUUCUGGGCUCUCUCUGUUGUUUGGACUAAUCCCUUGGUGGCCACGUUAGGCAUGUCGCUCACAAUUCCACUAGCGAUGGUUGCUGACAUGGUCAUCCACGGUCGACAUUAUUCAGCAGUCUAUAUUUUUGGUUCUGUCCAGGUAUUUUCUGGGUUCGUCAUCGCCAAUCUUGCCGACCGCGUUUCACGUUUCCUAGGUCUAUAGCCUUGAAAUGUACAAGGUUGAAAUCGGAGUGUACAUCUGGAAGGUUGGAUAGGGUUAGUUACUAAGUGUACAUUGGAUGUUUGGGUUAGUUAGUUAUAAGGACAACUCUGUCAACUCUGUAAAUCAUAAGGAUGGGGGGAAAUGGCACUGCAGCUCUGUUUCCUUUUUACCUUGGGCCCCCUUUACACGCAGGAAUGGAUAAUUUUGGUGUGGUGGAAUUGAAACAGUGAAAGCUUAGCAUACGUAAGGAACAUUAUGAUGUUGUGGCAAA